CGCCAGCUAGGGUCGCCGCGCUGUCCUCCAGCCUGGGAGAGAGGCACGAAGGUGCGGCGACCAGAGGCAUGUGACCUGUGCCCAGCUCUCCGCCGCAGGCAGCUCAGCUCGGAGGGCGCAGCUCAGCUCGGAGGGCGCGCGGGCAGGGAGGGAUGAUGGUCUGAAAAGGCCGCGCUCCCGUCCCCAAACUGCAGAAGCAAAAGGGCGCCGCGCCCCGCGGUAGCCAAUGAGUCAGGCUGGAGCCCCUCCGCGCCGGGCGUGUGGAUCCAGACCUUGACACAAAGGACAUCUAACUGCGGAGGACAGCCUGGAAGGGCGGACACUUUGGCGGCGGCGCCUUUCCCUUUAUUUCUCGAGGGGUCUCAAGCAUCUAUACUUGCUGCUCUCUCUGCGUCUGAAGACCCUCAGAGCAGAAGAACUUGGACUGACUUUUUGACGACAGUCACCUGAAUAUGAUGCAUUUCAAAAGUGGCCUCGAGUUAACGGAGUUGCAGAACAUGACGGUGCCCGAAGACGACAACAUCAGCAACGACUCUAACGACUUCACUGAAGUGGAGAAUGGCCAGAUAAAUAGCAAGUUCAUCUCGGACCGCGAAAGCAGACGAAGUCUCACCAACAGCCAUUUGGAGAAAAGGAAAUGUGAUGAAUACAUCCCAGGAACGACCUCCCUGGGCAUGUCUGUUUUUAACCUGAGCAACGCCAUCAUGGGCAGUGGGAUUUUGGGACUCGCCUUUGCCCUGGCCAACACUGGAAUCCUCCUUUUUCUGAUACUUCUGACUUCGGUGACGUUGUUGUCUAUCUACUCAAUAAACCUACUAUUGAUCUGUUCCAAGGAAACGGGCUGCAUGGUUUACGAGAAGCUGGGGGAGCAAGUCUUUGGCACCACGGGGAAGCUGGUGAUUUUUGGAGCCACCUCGCUGCAGAAUACUGGCGCGAUGCUGAGCUACCUCUUCAUAGUAAAAAACGAACUUCCUUCCGCCAUCAAAUUCCUCAUGGGACAGGAGGAGGCAUUUUCAGCCUGGUACGUCGAUGGUCGCGUCCUGGUUGUGAUGGUAACCUUUGGUAUAAUUCUCCCGCUGUGUCUCCUGAAGAACCUGGGGUAUCUUGGCUACACUAGUGGAUUUUCCUUGAGCUGCAUGGUUUUUUUCCUAAUAGUGGUUAUCUACAAGAAAUUUCAAAUUCCGUGCAUGAAUGUAGAACAAAAUUCAACAAUAAGUGCCAAUGUAACUGACAUGUGUACGCCAAAAUAUGUUACCUUCAACUCAAAGACGGUGUACGCUCUGCCCACCAUUGCGUUUGCGUUUGUCUGCCACCCAUCUGUCCUGCCGAUCUACAGCGAACUCAAAGACCGAUCACAGAAAAAAAUGCAGAUGGUCUCCAAUAUUUCCUUCUUCGCCAUGUUUGUGAUGUACUUCCUGACCGCCAUCUUUGGGUACUUGACAUUUUAUGAAAAGGUGCAGUCAGACCUCCUUCACAAGUACGACAUUCACAAGGGCGACAUUCUCAUCCUGACCGUGCGGCUGGCUGUCAUCGUGGCCGUCAUCCUCACCGUGCCCGUCUUAUUCUUCACGGUUCGUUCGUCGUUAUUUGAACUGGCCAAGAAGACCAAGUUCAACUUGUGCCGCCACAUCUUGGUGACCGUCGUCCUCUUGGUGAUUAUCAACUUGUUGGUCAUCUUCAUUCCCUCCAUGAAGGAUAUCUUUGGAGUCGUAGGAGUGACGUCUGCUAAUAUGCUCAUCUUCAUUCUCCCGUCGUCACUUUAUCUAAAAAUCACAAACCAGGACGGAGAUAAAGGCACUCAAAGAAUCUGGGCGGCCCUUUUCUUGGCCCUGGGGGUCCUGUUCUCCUUGAUCAGCAUCCCGCUGGUCAUCUACGACUGGGCUUGCUCAUCUGGCAGUGACGAAGGCCACUGAGACCAGCCAUCCGAGGAAAGCCAGCACCUGUUCCCGCCUGUCUCUUCACCACCCAUCAGCAAUCCUUCACCGUUUCUUUUGCAAGUUUACGGACAGACAGAGAGGCACACAACAACACCCGGGUUGUGACAGGGAGACCCGCUUCCAGCGUGGCUGUGGCCUCCCGGGAUGUCCACGUAGGGACGGUGGAUUUUAUCUUUUGCAGAUUUCAUGCCGUCACCAAUAUUUCCCUCUACCUACUGUGUUUUGUGGCUUCUGCUUUAGUCUCUUAGAACUUUGAAAACACGAUCAUCAGGUGUAUUCAUUUGUUAGACACCAAGGUUCUGAAAUCGUUUUCCUACUGAUGUUCCUGCUCACGCUAUCUGUAUCUUUUUAGAAGAGAAAAUAAUCUUGAAUUGUAUAUAUUUAUUUUGCUUUACAGAAAAAAAAAAGGUUUCAGGAAAAAAAAAAAAGGUUUCAUAAAUCCUUUGCCUAUUUUGGUUAACAUAGCACACAGGGGUAAUCCUUCGAGAGACACUUGAGUGCCAUUGCUGCAUCUGAGCAUGCCCAAUAUUUGAGGCGGCUCUGAUCACCCAACAUGGGCUGUCCUGGACCUGCUGGUACUCCAUCCUGCUCCCACAGGGAGCUAUUCCCUGAGAGUGUCUGUGGCUGGGAAGGGGGUGGGCACGGCACUUGUGGGAAGAUAUUAAAAUGCACAUUUGGGAGAGCUCACAAAUGAAGCUUUGUCGUCCCCCCACCUUGGCAUCUGGUGUCACAGUUACUCUAGGCUGAGUCACCUGCGUGGGGUCCCAUGGCUCCCCUAGUGAUGAAUGAGACUGCCCAAAAUGCCUAAGGAAAUACUCCCGAUGCAGACAGCCUCCGUCUACACCCAUAUUAUUGAAGGGGGAGAUGAUUUGUUGGUUUAUACGCCCAGCAGCAUUUAGUCAUGUCCACCAGCUUUUUGCAACAGAGAAUAAUGUGUACCUAAGGGUGACUGAGGGUAGGUAGGUCAUCCUCUUUUAUAUUGAGUACUUUACUUUAGGGGAGUCUUUAAAAGACGUGUUUUAUAUCUAUAAAUCUAGGUUACUACAAAUAACAGGAUUUUUGUACCUUAAAUAAGCCUCAUUUCUAUUCUCCAUUAACUCUCCAUCCCAUCUUGAAAGUAAACCUUCUGAGGCAGUCUUUGUGGAGAGCUUCUGAAGUCACUGUGUCCUCUCUUGUCCCUGCUGGGGAAGACAAGCCGCUCUUCUCCAUCUGUGUUUCUUCCGUGUAUCCCCGUCACUGCCUCUUCUAUGUGACCCACGCGGGAGAGCAGGGUGGCCUGUGCUCUCUCCCUGGCCCCUCCCGAGGGGAGCAGAGAGAAAUGACUGGAAACGACAGGAGCUGUGGACGUGGCAGCGAGGGAACCCAGAGCGGCAUGUCCUGCUGGUGAGCACACCCGUGGCUGCCCAUAGCUUAGCUGCAGUGGGAAAUGCAUGUGCUCUGUGACCACUGUCUGCAGGCAGGGCUUGUACUGCAGCCAGAUGUAUUCUGGUUGAGUUCUCAGAUUAAAAUAUAUACUGAGCACAGAUUUCUUACCUGGAGACAGGUAGGAUGGGACACAGAGAGUUGGCAGAGAACUCAGACACUCAUCUGUAGACACUGUUCCUACUGACUGAAAUCCCCCAGGGUCUUUGGGAAGGCAUCUCCUGAGAGUUCCACCCAGAGAUGUCCCUUCAUCUACUGAAGUCCCACAGGUAAGGUAGGCAUCCAAGUGCCUGCCACCAUCCUCUUGGGGAAGAAGGAAAAGCUACUUCCUACGUUGCGUCAUCACCUUGGUCUAGUGUUUCAGAGUUCUGUCCACGUCGAGUUCGGGCAACUGGACACAGAGGCCUAGACAGGAAAAGGGCAAAACCCACAGCGGCCUCUGCCCUUUGUGGAAAUGCUUUCCAUAUCACAGAGAAUGAUGGAUGAUUCGCCAACCUAUGUAGCUUGUUUGGCCCUGUUUAAAAAAAAAUACAUUGAUUCAGUUUGCCUACUAUCCUGCCCUCUGUUUUCCUCAUUCUGUAACCAUUUCAUUCAUUUUACAUUCACGAAGUGAAUUCAAAAACCGUCAUUAACUCUGGGAUGUGUUGUGAUUUGGGACCUCUGGAUUUUAUGUGUUGGUAAAACUAAUGUAUUAUUUACAGUGUAUUUAUUUGCAGGAAGCACAUUGUUGUUGAUGUCUGAUACGUGGUUUUCUGUUUUUGGUUUUUUAAGCUCCUUUAUACGUAUACCUGAGUUUGUUUGAAUGUUAUAGACCUCACUGUCGUUUGUUAACCACAGACUUAUCCCAUGGUGUCUGUGGUAGUCCCUGUAUACACCUCUUACCCUUGCUCAGAAUAAUGAACUGGUAGCCAAAACAUACCUGUAUCACAGAUGUUAGGUAGAAUUCAACAGCACAGUCAAACGCAGUAGACGUUUUCCUGCUAAAUGAGUAGACUCGGGAGUAGUAGGCCUUCGCCACAGGAAGCAGCAAUUUCCUUUGGCACCCAGGAUCUCCACUGCUGACCAGGGCCAGUUCCAUCCUUUGGGUGAAGAACUGGCUAGCGUCACACAGACUACUGUAGAUUCCUAGCUUAGUGUUGCUGGUUAGAAGUAGUUAGCAGGGUGUGUGCAGAAAGAACACCCAUCUUUUAGGCGCGGACAGGCAGUCCCCAGGUCACGGGGAGCACACAUUCCAAAGCUUUGUCACCUGGAAUGGAUUUCCUGUAACUGGGCUCUAUGUGAAGAUGAGGCCCCCAGAGCCGCUGGGAAAGACUGCCAGACCCAGAGCCGAGCUGAAAUAGUGUAACAGGACUGCAGAAGAGCCAAGUCCCCAGAGAGAAUGGAGGUGGGGUUUGGGGGUGGGGAGGUGGGGAAGAAUCCAAGUCACCCAGAGAAAGCCACAGCCUGUUGCUGUGGAACCCAGACUGUUCGUCUCUACCACAGUGUCUGCUGGAUGCGGAGUUUGGGGCUCUGCCAGAGUGGCCUGAAGCCUGGGCUCCUGAAAUAUUAGAGGAACUAAGUUCAAAACCCUGCUGGUGGGGUGGUGUUGGAGGAGGAGGAAGAGGGAUUCCUUAGCUACCACCUUUUGUUUGCUCCGAAACUGUCAAGCUUGGCCUGGCUGCUUCCAGUUCUGUGACAGCCUUUCGCUCCUAGAGUUCGCCACCUCCUUCUCGGCCACUGAUGUCAUAGCUUCUCCCAGGUGCCAGCUUUGAGACCAGCACACAGCGCUUUUAAUGUCUUCGGUUUCAUCCAUGGUUUCACCGCUCAGUGAUCAGCUGAAAGGUGCAAAGGGGGUCUCCGUCCACUGUCUGGUGUAUGUAUGGACCAUAUUGAGAAGCAUAAAGCACUGUGGGAGUGGGCGGCAGACGACCAGGGUCUGUGGUGAGAUGCUCCGGCGUUUCAGAGGAUACCUCCAACAGUUAUCCCAAGAAUUCUGGAGUUGCACUCAGGCCCCCAAGCUGGUGUUUCUCAAAUUGUGGUCCCCAGGCCAGCAGCGUGAACCUCACAACAGACUCAUCAGAAUGCAAAUACCCAGCGCUGCCAGAAUCCCACGGACAAAGCCACCUGUCCUCCGCAAGUCUCAGGUCUAGACUCCAGGUGACACCCGUGGCAUCAAGUUUGGGGACCACUCUCCAGUCAGUCAGCCCUCGGAAGGCAGUUCCUGGGGUGAGGAAUCAGAGCCAGGACCCAGAAAAGGUAUAAAAGGACUCCAGCCAGUGUCCCUGCAAAUGCAGGAAACAUCUUGGGGCGGGGAGGGGCAUGGAGCGGCAUACCUGUGUCCCCCUCCUACCGGUAAUGCAAUGCCAGGGCCAUGAGUAAAACUCAGGGUGCCUGCACUUGAGGGAAAACGGCUUAAGGCACUCACAUUUUCUCACAGCUGUGAAGACAUCAAAUUGAGGCUUCACAAAAUUUAAGUAAAUUAAAAUGCCUUUUUGUAAAUGCAACCGUAAGAGCACUGUUGAGUUUUCAGGAGUCCGUUCCCCAAGAGGACUGUGUUCGUGGUUGGGUAGAGAGCUGGCCUGCUAGGUACAAAGCCCUGGGGAAGUUCAGUCCUGAUAUUGUAAAAUAUAAACUAUCAAUACAAUGAGAAUUCUAGUGAAAGGUCCACACUGCUGAGGGAGCUUCAAGGGGCUGUGAGGGGAGGGCAGAGCCCAGUCCAUCUCUGCGGAGCACGGUGUGAGGUGGCAUUGUUAGCUGGAGUAGGGCAGAGGUGGGUGGUAUGAUCUUAGGCGUGGUGUAUGCCUUAGAGCAACGCCUCCAUUGACCCAUUGUUUAGAAAGGAGAUAGACUUUAAGAAUGGCAUCCUAUUCCAGGGGACAUCCGGGCACCUGGAAAGAGAAGUCAGUGGUUUCCUCUCAGGAGGGCAGAUCUGAGAAUUCCUUCUGCAACAGAACAUAUUCCUUUAAAAUGCAAUGGACUGUGGAUAGUAAUAAAAAGACUUUGGGUUCAAACUGGGGUUGUGGGUAAUGACUGAAAAUAAUGCUAAGUCUAAAGAGGCGGGUUCCUGAACAAUAAUGCAAAGUUCGCAUGGAUGUAGAUGUCUUUCCCGGGGUUUCCCUGGGGAAGAACGGUAAAGCACUGGGCCUAUCUGUACACAGGCUUGAAUCUAUGCAUUUGAGGCUCACUGGAGGACUCCUUCAUUUGUAUGUAAAUAUGUUGUAAAUACAUAGGAGGCUGUAUAUUUUUGCAGUUGUUGAUCCGCACAGAAAUAGAGGUCUCUAGUACCUGCAUAUAAGAAAUACACAUUCUCAUAAAUUAACGUUAGUGGUUUUGUUUGGGAAUUAGAAGAAUUUUACCUUCUCUCCCAUAGUUCUGUCAAUGUAAACCUGGAGCCUAAAACCUUAACUAAUUGUUUGGAGAAAGAAGUGCUGAGAAACGGCUGCUUUGAUCUCUUCUGCUGGUGUUAGGAUCUGUUAUUUAGAUGAUACAAAUAAGAACGAUUUAGAAGAAAACCAUGGUCGUAUAGCAACAGACAUGCCCCCAAAUGAGAAGGUGUUUCUCCGUGACGUUCUUUCAUGGUUAACAUGGAUGCCACUGCAUAGAAUGUAAGAAAACCGAAGUUAGAGAGGGUUUGUUUUGUUUUGUUUUCCAAAAUGGAAUUAUCUUUUCCCAAACUUUGGGAUCCUUGAGGGGAGGGCUGAAUAUUCUUAUGAGCACAUAUUUGAAGGAAAACAUCCUGUUAUUUAAGCUUUCGAAGGUCUUGCAUGUUUGCCUUUUAAUGUCGAUGCCAACAUAGACUGUCGCGUCUGUCCCCACCACCACCACCACCACGUGAAUCUUAACCAUUGGUACGUAAUACAGUCUCUAGAGUCCAGUGUGUUCUAGACUCCCUCUGACUCAGUACAUGUAGCACACCACUGUUUUAUUAAUGGAAAAAACUUGUAAAUGAUUUGGGGUGGGCAUCCAAAGUGAGUCACAAGUCACAAAACUUUGCUGUUCACUGUCCAUCGUAUGAAGUUGGGUUGUUCUUUUUUUUUUUUUUUUCAGGGUGUGGUAUAAAUAAGAAAGUGUAAGAAAUUAUGUCCUAUAAAUGCAGUGUUAACAUAGUUUUCAAACAUUAAAAUGUGAAUUAAAAGUA